AUGGCUCGUCUCACUCUGUCUGUGGUUGUUGUGAUGCUGGCGGGCAUUGCUCUCACUGAAGGUCUGCGGGGAGUCGGCCCAAAGAAAUGCUGCUUUCGUUUCAACAACAAACAGGUGUCGAAAGAAAAAGUGGUCGGCUACAUGAAGACCAGCCAGCGCUGCUCCAACCCUGCCAUCCUGCUGAAAACAAAGGCCGGCCAGCUGUGUGUCAGACCCUCAGAGCCCUGGGUGAAGGAGCUCAUCAGCUACCUGGACACCAAAAACACUCCAGGAGACACCACCAACCUGUAA